ACUAAAAGGGCGCGACGAGGAUUCGCGUGAAUGGAGAGUGGUGAUCCAAUUGUAUGCUGCUUUCCAUGAAGCCAUCUCUCGGGCGCCAAAUCCCUUCAUUUCCCCUUCGCCGAUAGAUUCCUCCCCACCUCUCCGUCUAAUACAUUUUCGAACCCCUUCCCUUCUCCUCGUAGAUCCCUAAUCCCAUUCGUCUCCCGGAUCCAUCCAUCCCGCCGAUCUCUCCGGCAUCUGAUCGCCGCCGCCGGCUGGUAACGGUUUCUCGGCAACCAUGGUGGCCGACCAUGGCUCCAAGACCGAGAUCUCGUUCGCUGGAAGAUUCGCGAGCAGCGCCAUCGCCGCCUGUUUCGCCGAGCUCUGCACCAUUCCCCUGGACACUGCAAAAGUCAGGCUUCAGCUACAAAAGAAAGCAGCUACGGGGGAUGUAGUGGCUAUACCUAAGUACAGGGGAAUGCUGGGUACUGUUGCAACAAUCGCCAGGGAGGAAGGCUUGGCUGCACUUUGGAAAGGCAUCAUACCUGGGCUGCAUCGUCAGUGCGUUUUUGGAGGGCUGCGGAUCGGAUUGUAUGAACCAGUUAAAUCUUUCUAUGUUGGUGACGAUUUUGUUGGAGAUAUUCCUUUAUCCAAAAAAAUUCUUGCUGGGCUUACAACUGGUGCCCUUGCAAUUAUAGUGGCAAAUCCCACCGAUCUUGUCAAAGUACGACUUCAAGCUGAAGGAAAGCUUCCACCUGGUGUACCAAGACGCUAUUCAGGAGCAAUGAAUGCUUAUCACACAAUAGUUAGACAGGAGGGACUUGGGGCUCUCUGGACUGGGCUUGGUCCUAAUAUUGCACGCAAUGCUAUAAUUAAUGCUGCUGAAUUGGCAAGCUAUGAUCAAGUUAAACAGACAAUAUUGAAGAUUCCUGGGUUCACAGAUAAUGUUUUCACUCAUCUUUUAGCUGGUCUGGGGGCUGGCUUUUUUGCUGUCUGUAUUGGUUCUCCUGUUGAUGUGGUGAAAUCGAGAAUGAUGGGAGACUCAUCCUACAAAAGCACACUUGAUUGUUUCAUCAAGACACUGAAAAAUGAUGGACCUUUUGCUUUCUAUAAGGGUUUUAUUCCAAAUUUUGGUCGGCUAGGUUCAUGGAAUGUGAUUAUGUUCUUGACUUUGGAGCAGGUCAAGAAGUUCUUUGCGAGAGAAGUGCGAAGUUGAUACAUUAACUUAAGGAGGAGUUUAAUAAAGUUUAUUUUGGCAAUGUAAUCAGCUAACUCAGGCAAAUAAUAUCAAAAUCCCCAAAGCAGCGCUGCUGUGAUUCAUGAACAUUUUGAACUCAGAGAGCUUUUGUUCUAGAACAUAAAAAUUUUUAAAAUCUGUGUUAUGUCAUUGUCUCAUCAACCAAUUUCUGGGUAUGCAAAGCGUCAAGCAGAUGAAGUUGUUGCUUGGUUUGCUAAACUGGAAAUUGGAAUAAUCUCUUCUAUGUUUGAACUUCAAUUUUAUUUGAUUCAUCUCAUGGGUUUGCAU